AUGUAUCCUGCGCCGCUCGCUGGCGGUUUGAAGCAGCACGGCUAUCAUCUGGGGCAAAAGAUAGGAGAGGGUAACUACUCGACCGUACGACUGGCGACGCAUAUCGGUCGUGAUGGUAAGAAGAAGGUUUGGGCUUGCAAAAUUGUCAACCUGGCCAAGUGCAGCGAAGAGAUUAGGGAAAAGUUCUUUCCGCGCGAGCUGCAAAUUAUGUCGGGCCUCGAACAUCCUCACCUACUGAGUGUGCAUCGUGUCCUGCGAUGCAACGAGCGCAUCUUCAUAUUUUUGCCGUACGCCCGGCGUGGAGAUCUCUUCCAGUACCUCAACAAGUAUGGACCGCUGAAGGAGGCUCAAGCGAAGGAAUGGUUCACGCAGCUCCUGCAGGCCGUACACUAUCUCCACUCGAACGGCAUCGUGCAUCGGGACGUAAAGUGUGAAAAUCUGCUGAUCACUGGCGACGGCAAGCUGCUGCUGGGGGAUUUCGGAUUCGCCAAACAGUGUUGGUGCGCCAGCGGCGCACGGCGCCAUUGGUCGGAAACGUUCUGCGGUUCGGCCGCCUAUGCCGCUCCGGAGGUGAUCACCGGGCAACGGUACGAUCCGGUGGUGGCCGACCUCUGGUCGAUGGGUAUCGUGCUGUUUAUGAUGCUCAACGGUGUGCUUCCGUUCGGUGAAACUAACAUGAAACGAUUGCUGAAACUACAGACCGAACGACGCUACUGCUUUGAACCUCUGCUACCGAGAGCACCUUCGGCCGCCGCUAAGUCGACGAUCGACCAACUGCUUCAUCCCGAUCCCGAGCAAAGAAUUCGGAUGGGCGCGUUGAUGCAGCUGAGCUGGGUAGCGGGAAGCCCCCGGGUGCAGACCAAAUGA